UCUUCUUUACAAGUUUCUCAAAACAAAAAACAUCCAAAGGUUUGAUUUUGCAAAGGGAAGACAUGGGGUUGAACUUUAGGGAUAAAGCUUGGAUUUUUCUGGGGAUUCUUUGUUGUUCAUCUUUGAUUUGUUCAGUAAAAGCAAUGGUCAGUUAUGAUCAUAAAGCUGUGAUAAUCAAUGGUCAGAGAAGGAUCCUUGUAUCUGGCUCCAUUCACUACCCAAGAAGCACACCUGAGAUGUGGCCUGAUCUUAUACAGAAGGCCAAAGAAGGAGGCUUGGAUGUAAUACAAACUUAUGUUUUCUGGAAUGGGCAUGAACCUUCUCCUGGACAAUAUUAUUUUGAGGACAGAUAUGAUCUGGUUAAGUUCAUCAAGCUGGUACAACAAGCCGGUCUCUACGUUCAUCUCAGAAUUGGUCCUUACGUUUGCGCUGAAUGGAAUUUUGGAGGGUUUCCUAUUUGGCUCAAAUAUGUUCCCGGUAUGGCUUUUAGGACCGACAAUGAACCUUUCAAGGCUGCAAUGCAAACAUUCACUGAGAAGAUUGUGGGAAUGAUGAAAGAAGAAAAAUUGUUUGAGACUCAAGGAGGACCUAUCAUUCUGUCACAGAUAGAGAAUGAGUAUGGACCAGUAGAGUGGACGAUAGGAGCACCAGGGAAGGCAUACACAAAAUGGGCAGCUCAAAUGGCAGAAGGACUCUCCACAGGUGUCCCAUGGAUAAUGUGCAAGCAAGAUGAUGCUCCUACCUCUAUUAUAAACACAUGCAAUGGGUUUUAUUGUGAGAAUUUCAAACCAAACUCGGACAAUAAGCCGAAGAUGUGGACAGAGAACUGGACUGGUUGGUUCACCGAGUUUGGAGGUGCGGUACCAUACAGACCAGCCGAAGACAUUGCCUUCUCUGUGGCUCGCUUCAUACAUAACGGUGGCUCCUUCAUCAAUUACUAUAUGUACCAUGGAGGAACAAACUUCGACAGAACAGCAGGUGAAUUCAUUGCUACUAGCUAUGACUACGACGCUCCGCUUGAUGAAUACGGGUUACCGAGAGAACCAAAGUAUAGUCACUUGAAGAGAUUGCAUAAGGUCAUCAAGCUCUGUGAGCCAGCAUUGGUCUCUGCUGAUGCUACAGUCACAUCGCUCGGCGAUAAUCAAGAAGUAAUGGAUCCAAUGCAACACAAAGCAAUAUACAUGAGAAGAGAAGAAAAAGCUUCAAAGAUUACUUAUUUACCUUUUUGUUGGCUUGUUCUGUUUUUUUUUCAGGCUCAUGUGUUCAAGUCCAAGUCAUCUUGCGCUGCUUUUCUCUCAAACUACAACGCUAGUUCUACUGCAAGAGUCUUGUUUGGCGGCUCAACAUAUGAUCUGCCUCCAUGGUCUAUCAGUAUUCUACCUAACUGCAAAACCGAGUACUACAACACCGCAAAGGUACAGGUCAAUGCACCAAGCAUACACAUGAAGAUGGUUCCCACAAACACACAAUUCUCUUGGGGAUCAUACAACGAAGAGAUUCCUUCUCCAAAUGACAAUGGUACGUUUGCCCAAGAUGGGCUUGCGGAACAGAUUAGCAUCACCAGAGACAAGACGGACUAUUUCUGGUAUCUGACAGACAUUACGAUCGGUACUGAUGAGAAGUUCUUGAAGACUGGUGAAGACCCUCUUCUUACUGUUGGGUCAGCUGGGCAUGCUCUUCAUGUAUUCGUUAAUGGUCAGCUUGCAGGAACUGCUUACGGAUCGCUGGAGAAGCCAAAGCUAACAUUUAGUCAGAAGAUCAAGUUACAUGCAGGAGUCAACAAACUUGCUCUGUUGAGUAUUGCAGCAGGUCUCCCGAACGUUGGUGUGCAUUACGAGACAUGGAAUACUGGGGUUCUUGGCCCUAUCACACUGAAUGGAGUUAACUCCGGAACAUGGGACAUGUCUAAAUGGAAAUGGUCCUACAAGAUUGGUACAAAGGGUGAGGCUUUAAGCCUUCAUACCGUAACGGGGAGUUCCUCUGUGGAAUGGAAAGAAGGAUCAUUGGUGGCAAAGAAGCAACCCUUGACCUGGUACAAGUCUACUUUUGACACACCAGCAGGCAAUGAACCAUUGGCUUUGGACAUGAACACAAUGGGAAAAGGCCAAGUCUGGAUAAAUGGCCAGAACAUCGGACGCCACUGGCCUGCAUAUACAGCUCGUGGGAAAUGCGACCGCUGCAGCUAUGCUGGAACUUACAGCGAGAAGAAAUGCUUGAGUAACUGUGGAGAAGCUUCUCAAAGAUGGUACCAUGUGCCUCGUUCGUGGGUGAAGCCGUCAGCGAACCUUAUAGUUGUACUUGAGGAGUGGGGAGGUGACCCCAAUGGGAUCUCUCUUGUAAAAAGAACAGCCAAAAAAACAGCUCUUGACUCCAUUUUUGCAGGAUAAAAGCUGUAAUUUUUGUGUGACCCUCCUCUGCAAA